UUCGUACAGUACUGUGUGGGAAGUGCCGGAAACAUGAAAAUUAGGGGAGUUCAUCAUGUUUUCUUCUGCUCAAGUAGUAUUUAUAUUUGAUUUAAAUUGCUUAGAUGCAUCUUCAACAUCUGAAAAUGAUUCGAAUUUACAAAAAGCCGCUAUUAAAUUAAGUUGUUUGCGGCUAUUGACUGAAUUUGGCGCGCAAACUCAAAAUGGAUCCGAUGUUCGGUGGGCUUCAAAAUUUUAUGAUUCGUUAAUAUUCAAGCCUGGAAAAACCAACAAUUCAUUUGUUGAUUUCAACCGACUCAGUUAUGAUACGUUUGAUUCCGAAGUCUCCCAGAAACUAAAUUUUUCAACUAGCCACCGAAAUGAUAGCCACGAAGUUGAAGCCAGAAGAACGUCUCAACGAAAUGCUAGUCAGAACAGCUCUUCUAGAGCAAUUCAAAGGCACAGCGCUUGUUUUAUUCUCAACAAGGCUAUACAAGAAGCCUUGAAAGAUUAUAACUGGGAUUUGCCAGAUGUAAGCUCUCCAGUAAUAACCAAAAAAUCACACUUUGCAGAAAAUGGCUUGAAAGCUGGAAAAUUAGAUAAUUUUAAUGCCAUUGUGGUUUUUACUAAAAUUCCCCAAGAUGCUGGUGCUGUGCAGGAAUUUGUUGGUGGAGAAAAUAUUGCUACCCCUGAAGAUUUUCCAAGAAAAUUUUUUGAAAAAGCCACUCAGCAAGCACUUGAAGAAGUUAAAGGCUUCAGGCUGUUUUUCAUUGACACAUCUCCUACUCAAAUAAUGUUUAAAGAUUUGCCUGUAUUGACUGCUCUUAAUGAGUAUUUAGGUAAAUUCAAUGGAUCGCUCCACUGUAUCAGUUCUAUUGUGGAUUGUUCUGAUCUACUGUCAAACUCUUCAAGACAAAAAGUUUUCCAAUCUCAGAAGCUGCUUCUACAUGGCUUGGAAAAGUCUUGGUUUUUCAAGGGGAAGAAUCUUCGUUUAGGACGUCCUAGAAAACCUCAACCUGGACCUCUUCUUGUUUGGAAGAAUGAUUCAAAAAUUGCAGCAAGAAUCAAGCUUGAGAUUCUUACUCUACAAGGAAGGAUAAAUCAUGAAUGGCAAGAAUUGAAUGUUGUUGGCUAUGCUAAGAGAAGCAGUGCAGCCGUGAAAGCAAUGUCAUCAAUCAACAGCCAAAUCAUGCUUUGUCGGAGGCACCAAGCAACGGACACAUCAAAAGACUCAAUUAAUUUUGAUGAUCUACUAACUACUUUGCAUCUGCAGAGCUUAAUACUGGUCCUACAACUGACAUGUGGUGGAAUUGGACUUCUUUCUCCAUUUAUUGGCAGUGUAGGCUGCUUGACUGUGCUGUCUUCCUCUGGUCUAGCCCAGCCUCCACUGUCUCAGCACCUCAUUGAAGAUUCCUUGGUAGCUAUUGCUACUGAACCACUACUGGCUUUCACUAAGGCUGCUAUCAAGAAAGCUCUUAAUUGUGGCAAAGGAGUGAACGUCAAGGCUGCUUCCAGCACUAAUUCAUCUAUUCCUGGCUGCUCUGCUAACUUCAGGCAGUCAAUGCUAGAACCCUGGUACUGCCCAGCUGCUUUGCCCAAACCGGAUCCUGGUCUUACUUGCAGGAAUGUGUUGUCUCGUAUGCAGCUGGCCCUAUUAAACCGCGCUCAGCGACGAUGUUGUCCUCAGCUCUCCCACCAUAUAAGUGAUCCUGAAGUGCCUACAUCUGUGCCUGUAAUAAGCAAGGGAUCUGGGGCAACAGUGCUGAACCCCAAGCAUGCACCCUUGAGUCAAGGAACUGCAGGAGCCUUCAGUAAGCCUGUCAAGACUGUGUCUCGUGCUCUUCAACUCGUCAAUAAGAGUAAAAUCGUAACAGCUCAACAGAAAGUCAAGGAGCAACGUGAUGAGGAGGAAGAGCAGGAAGUUGCUCAGAAGCGACGAGCUCUCCAAUCCAGCUUACGUUCCCAGAAAUCACAGGCCAUCAUGAGCAGCGCCCUCAGCAACAUUCAGGACACUACGGACGCUGUCACUGUGACCCAGAGUCUCAUUAACCUACGGGAGUCGGUGACUGGCAAGUCUGGUGUUGAAAACGACACCACUGAAAACUCUGACAUCUUCGGCAUUGCUCAGACGAUCAUCAAUCUUGCUCUCAUGCACGUGCGGUCUGCGUCUGAGACGUCAGGCGCAGGAGCCACUGAUGGCACUGGCACUACCUCGGCUCCAUCUGGGACACCUCCCAUUCAGCUUGGUCUACGUGAGGUGCUUGCUGGAGUGAUGCUGACAAGCCGAGAUAUUGCAGCGCUGCCAAGAGAUUACCAGCUACAGCAAUACGAACUGCACACUCUUUUGCACCUCGAAACAAUGUGGUUAAUGGGAUAUUCUUCUGGAAGCGAGUCAUCUACAGAGACGGUUGGUCAGGAACAAGAUCGUCGCGGCGCCGAGAGGGAGGCUCACAUUGAGGAGAUCUUGCGACUCCUCAGAGGCAUCACCCUUAACUUCAACCCCAACACAACCACGUUCUUUCUCAACCAAACCAUCCUGGUCAAUUAUGAAGAUACUCUGCCGGAUGUGCUCAUGGAAAUUUUUGAGGAGCUUGGUCAGCCCGUGCCACCCAGUCUAGCAGGGCCGCUCUCAGUCAACACCACCGCCGACACGCCGCCCCUGCAGCAGCUCCAAAGCUCCCAGUCCUCCGUCAUGUCCGCGGGCAGCAUGGUUGGCAGCGGCGGUGGCGGUGCUGUGCUGCGGCGCCGUAGGAGCAAAAUAGCGGUGCUGGGGGGCGGGGAGGGGCGCCAGGUCUUCGUGCCUGGCUCCAGGAUGGCGAGGCUCACGCGCGCAUCCAGUGACAACGUGCAAGGCACGAACACAAAAACUAAAGGCAAGAACAACGUUCGUCGCAGUCUCUUUGAAGGCCGCAGCAAUGGUUUGAAGAGAAGCCAAAGCUCCUUAGUGACUCCACAGCCACAGAAGCGUCGUCGUAGUGUGCAGAAUUCUGACGACUCCUCGCAAGGCCCUGCAAAAGUUAGAAAAUUCUCUAUCUUACCCAGGGAAGAGCAACGCACUAGAAGGCGAAAAAGUAGCUAUAACCGACAGGAAGACGAGCGUCAGGGACCCAAGUCGGGAAGCGAGCUCUUCACGCCGAACAAGAGCGAUCUCCUUGCAUCACCCAUAACACCUGGUCGUCGUCUCAGACCAUCAGCCAGUGCAGGUGGAGUUUUGGCGCCAUGCACGCCGUCUCAUCUCAUUGGUCGCUCCUUGUCGGCAAUGCGGCGUAGUGAUGGAGGGCCGGUCGUUGCUGAGAGUCCCGAGCUUAAAGGUGAAAGUGUUCUUUCAAGCCAGCGACCGAUGACAGGCCGAACGUCUUUCUAUUCUGGAGCGCAGUCUCGGAAUUGUGCGCGAGCUCGCACCACUCUCCUCGCGCAGCGACUGCAGAGCAACUGUUCCGAAAAAGUCCUCAGCACAUCUUUGAAUUGCGACUCUUCUCAGCAGCCUCACGCAAAUGCAAAUGUUACUGCGUCAAGUUUUCUAUUCUCCAAAAUUUUUACUUCUGCUUCUCUUGCCACGGAUGCGACUAAGAAUGUUGAAACAAAACUUGAUAGGCGUAGAAGUCUGCGUCGUGCUCUUAAUUUCGAUCAAUUUGAAAAUAAUGUACAGUUGAAAUCUGUAACAUUGGGACUCAGUCCUGCCAAUAGAAGAGUCACUCGAAGCUUCAAUGACGAACACACGUCUCCUUUAAAAAAAGUUUCAAGAACUCUCUCACUUGACUCGCCACUCAAGAAAGUUACCAGAGCCUCUUCUUCGGGUACUCCUAUUAAAUCUGUACGCUACAGCUCUCAAAAAAACCAACAUUUUCAUGCCAAGUCACCGUGCACGCCAAAACGCCGAUCAAGCGACAACGACCGUCUUAUUUCAUUGGAAUCUUUUUCAGAAAUAUUGACGCCUAGUAAACGGGUUCAGUUUAGUCUGUUGAACACACCCAGCAAAGCUAAUACAAAUGCCAGUUGUGCCACAACCCCUAAAAGCAUAUUGAAAACACCGACACGUGCACCGCAAAAUCCGAGCUGUUCACGCACUCCUCGCACUUGCGUGACUCCCUCACGGCGGCCUCUGCUCGUUUUCCGCACUCCCCGUAAUCACGCGGUUUUCAGUCCCGAUAUUUUUUCAUGCGGUAAAAGCGGUGCCUCAUUCCUCAGCCCCGUCAAAACCCCUGCCAAAUCACCGGCUUUUCCCUCUUCAAAAUCCCCUGCCAGAUAUACGCGUGACUCCGGUGAAAAUUUUACUUCGUCCCGCAUUCGUGAUAAAAAAAUCACACCAUUUGUCAUAAUGAGCCCUUCGAAAGGGAACUCAAGGGUGGACCCAAUUCACGCGAUAGUCCCAAGCCCUGACAAACGGCAAUUUUCUCUUCUGCAUAGGGAUUCUACUGAUGGCUCGAUCGCAUCACCCGACAUGCAAGAGAACAACGCAACUGUAUACCAUGGCUUGGAUUUAUGUGAUUCCUCCAAGGAAUCUUCUUCCGACAAAUUAGAAUCUGAUAUAACUCCAAAGUCUGAAUCACUUGGUACGCACACCGGUUCUCGCCUUUCCAAAGAUUCUAAUGAUUGUCUGCCGUCCAAUAUUUCUGGACUUAUGAGUGAAAUUCCACCGUCUCCUGAUAAACAUCAAACUACUACACUCAAGAAAAGGACUGUGUGCAAAUCAGCAGAUGCCGGAGUUUCAGGCGCUAAUGUUAAUGGAACGGAAAUAGAUCCUUCUUCUGCUUCUAGGUUUAUUCUACGCAAUUCGAAGUCGCCAGUUACAUUAGAUGAAUUUUUUACUAUUUUGGAUCGAAUGACUGAAGAAAGCAUCGGCCCUGAAGAAGUACCGACUUUAUCUGCCAACGAUAUGUUGUUCACGAGAAGCUUACUUGAUGGUCAAAUGUGUGCUAAUGCUGAGUCAAUUCUUAACGACAAUCUGAAGCUGGAAAGUAACGCAUAUGUUGAGCGCCUGCCUUCUGUAUCGUCGCAGACAAACGAUAUUACGUUUCUUGAGAAUGAUAGUUUGUACGCAAAGGAUCUCUCCGUUACAAAAACGUGCAAUAUUCAGCCUUUGCUCGAUAUAUCUGCUAUGAUCGAGACCGAUGAACAGGUUAUCCAAACCAAUGAUUAUUGGUUGAAUCAGGAACACAAUCACGAGACAAGCUACAGCAGUCCAGAAAUUGAAAUUUCUCCGACGAUCAAAAACUCGGUCGAAAAAUGUCUGUCUGCUCUGACGUUAGGUCGGCACUACAAUGAGACCCUCCCUCCUGUAAGCCUUUCUUCGACGUCACUUUCAUCGAUGGUUGCAUCCUCUACUCCUCUUAGUUCUGAAGGCAGGCAUUCCCCAUCUUUGGAAACGCUUCAUCAUACGAAUCCCGUGGAAACUUCCCUCGUUCCGAACCUUUUGAAUAAAUCAUCAAAGUCUCCUGAGGUGACGCCAAUCAAAUGUAUGGACCCUGAAGACGAGUUCACGCGUGAUGGAGUCGAUCGCAAUGAUGCUGCCUUAUCACCACAGCGUCUUACUUCGUUAACUGCAGAAUAUACUAUCAAGACGAUAAGUAAUGAAACUCUUGGUGGUGACAGGCAAUCUCCAUCUAUGGAUAUGCCUCAUCAUACAAAGCCCAUGGAAACUUCCCUCGUUCCGAACAUCUUAAUUGAAUCGAAGUCUACUGAGAUGGCGUCAGUUAGUUCUUUGGAUACCAAGGACAAAAUAACGUCUGACGAAGUUAAUCCCAAUGAUGCUGUUUUGUCACCAAAGCGCCGUACUUCGUUAACUGGAGAAUCUAGUGUCAAAACGGUGCGUAAUGCAACUGCAAGUGAUAACGAACCAGAUUUAGUAACUGAAAACGGAAAACUUGAUGCACGAUCGCCAUGCAUCAAUAGUGCCGUGGAUUUUUUGGAAAAUAAUAAUGUGGACGAGGUAAAUGUCAUCGAAGCAUGUACAGAACAACCUGCCUCACGCAACAAGAGGCCUGCAACAAGGAAACGUCGACAUGGCACAGAUCAUAAAUCCACCAAUGGUACAAAUGUCAAAAAUUCUUUAAGAAAUACAAGUUCAGACGGAGCAUCUGCAGGAAGAAGAGGGAGAAGAAGGAAGCGUCAGCCAUCAAGUGAUGCAGGAUCAAAUUUCUCGAUAUCAGACAUCAGCCUUGACGAAUCUCGUUCUUCUCAUGGUUUGGACCGCAACAGCUCUUCGUCUAGUUCAAAUUCAACAGCUCCAAUAAUACCUGAAGGACGGAAAACUGAACGACGAAAACGACAAAUCUCAUCACUUUUGACUAACGACAAACCUGAGACUUCUUCUCGACGUAUUUCUCGCUCUCAUUUCAUUGAUUAUUGUGAGGAGUGGAAUGAUUUCUCUGAUGAGGAAAGCUCUAUUGAUGAAGAUCUUCAAUUAAAUAAGUACGGAAAAGUGUCAUCUAUGGCCAAGAGAUAUGUUGAAACUCCUCGGAGAAAAGUUCCAAUGAAAAAUAAAGGAGAAAUAUUAGAAAAAGACACGGAAGAACCUGAAAAAGAAAACCUAUAUGAAAUGCCAGCUGAACGUAGUCAACGACGCACUAGGUGUAAUAAAAAGCUGUUGGACUGGACUGAUAUCGACGAUUUCGAUGAUAUUGAUGAAGAGAGCGUCACAAAUAAAAACGUUUGCUCCUCGGGAAAAAUUGAUUAUUGCAAACGUACGGAAAUCGAUAGUGAUCAAGAAUUGCAGCCCAAUGUCGGAAGUGUGUUUUCAUCUAAUAGCCUGGAGUGCGAUCGUAGUCUGGGCGUAACUCCUUUCCAGAACGUGGCUAAUUUCUCGCUGGGGCGUCGGCCAAUGCGCAAUCGUGCCGUCACUUCAUACGUUGACUUCCCCUCAGACGACAGUGCUUUGGAUGCUGAAAGUAGCUUAGAUGGCAAACAGGACAGUUGUUCGUUAUCGCAGAAACCACCUCAGUUCAAGAUAGAUAAAUUCCUAUCUUCGGUCGAGCGACCUCGGUCUCAGUUUAAAGCUGAUCCUCUCGUAUUAGAUGUAGCCGUUAGCACUCCCAGCGACUGGAAGCAAACCAAACCCGUUCGAACUAGAGAGAAGUUAUUGGAAGAAUCAUUGUCAAAAGCAGUUGAUAACUUUCAAGAACCUUUGGAGAGUAAGAGGUAUCGUGCUGACAAGAAAAAACGAGUCAAGAAGAAAACAGUUAAACUAAAAUUCAAGAAGAGUGGCGAUGAGUAUCAAGUGAGUCGGAGCAACGUUUCGGGUGAAUCAUUGGACACUACAGCAAGCGAUUUUAACUCAAGCGUGUUGAGCAAUCCCCAUACACGCAGCGAGGGAAAAUCAAGUGAGAAGAAAAAGAGGAAGAAACUCAACAACGACUCAUUUUUGACUUCACUUCGUUUCACGCGUCACAUGUCCAAAGAUUUAAGUAUAACUCCUGAAGUUUUCCAAAAAAUUGUUGGUGCUUCUCCGAACUCUAAGGCCGUGCGGCAGUCGCCCAUGGCACAAGCCAAGCGUCCAGUGCCAAUUAUACCAAGUGUAACGUCCAACUCUGUUAAAAAACCUCCGGCGAUCUUGUGUUCAUCUUCUAAGAAAAUUGAAAACAUGUGGCGGGUUGAGAGCGUCCAAGGAUCUCCUACCUUGAAGACGUUCAUACGCGUUGGUGGCACUGACACGCCUCAACAAAGCCCCAAGUCACAUCUGCACCCAAACCUUGCAUCGCCCAGUGUUUCAUCCAUGCUGCACCUGGCCACUUCUCCUCUAAUCAACGAAAACAAAAUUUCUAGUCGCAAUAUUUCUCUACCAAGUAAUUCAAAAUUGGAAAAACCCGACAGCAGUGAUGACGACUUUGAUUUCACAGAUUUGAAGAAACGGCGCAGAAGGAGAAGCAGCAGUUUUGAUGCGGAAAAUGUUCCUGCAGCCAAAAAACUUCGCAGUCGAUCUCCUGUUCGCGUCCAACGACGGGCGAGUAAGAGGCUUUAUCACUGAAUUUGGCCUCUGGCUUCUGCAGGAAAUCUCUGUGUUCAAUUGCUCGACUCAUUUUUCUUUAGCCAAAACGAGAGUGAAAUUUGUUUAAAAAAAUGAACAAGUGAGCAAUAAUUGAAGGUUUAUCCAUACGAAAAGAAUCUUGGUUUCGUUGAUUUGUGUAUGGUUUAAAGUUGAUUACCCUUGCAUUUAUCUGUUUAGCUGCUCGUCGCUGGUUAUCCUUCGACGGCCACGCUGCUUUCCGUAACUGGUCUCAUUUCCUGUAGAUUUAAGCUUUGAAAAUAAUAAUAAUAAUGGCAUUUUUGUUGCAUAAACGCCGUUUAUGUUUUUCGUUUGUUCAAUUAUUUUUACAUCGUUUUGUUCAUUUUGUACAGCCAUAUUUGCAUUGGCAAAUAAUGAUCAAUUAAUGCGUUUCUUUUCUUGUAUAAAACGGUGCUUGAAAUAAUUAAACCUGCACGCGAUGUAAUUUUAUUAACAGGCUCUUUGUUGCACAUCUCCCUUUGUGUAUUAAAUGUAAUUGACAGGAAUUCUUGACAAUUCCUAUCAAUGUUUCUGGCAAUUACGCGUCUUUUUUUUCGUUGAAUGCAUUUGUUGGUACGGUGUUCUUAUUCGGCAUUGUAUCAGCGUUUUUUUAUGUACCAAACAUAACCUUGUCAAGCCACUAAGUUAUUCUCGCGACUAUGAUUGAUCCUAAAUCUUUGGUUUCUUAAGCAUUAAUCGUUUGGGAUUCAUUUCGUUCAAUGUUAUACAUUCUGAUUUUUCGACGUGAGCCAAGUUAUUCAAUGGAGUGUAAAUAUAUGUUUUAUAAUAUUA